UGUCCCCUGGGUGUCCCCAUCCCAUGGGGGAUGUCCCUGUUCUAUGCCCCCUGUGCUAGGGGAGUGUCCUGUGGGGUUGUCCCACACCCCCUGGAGGGGUCCCCUCCAGUUCCCUGGGUGUCCCCCACUGUUGCCUCCCCCGCCAGUGCUGUCGGGGUCUGGGGAGCCCCAGGAGGAGGAGUGGGAGCUCAUCGCCCGCCUGGCCACGGCCUGCAGUGGGGUCCUGGAGGCCAUCGCCCGGGGGGGGCAUCAGCUCCGAGAGCCCCCCAGCAUCGGGGUCCAGCAGAGCCUGAGCCCGGUGGUCCCUGAGGAUGAGUCCCGAAGCCUCUCAGAGAAGGUGGCGCAACUGGAGGCGGCGCUGAAGCGGCUGCAGGAGGGUCUGCAGGAGGGCCACGAAGUGCAGCAGCGGCUCCAGGCUGAGCUCCGGGGGCUCCGUCGCAGCACCCGGCGGCUGCAGCAGGGCCAGGAGGACGCGAACGCGCGGCUCAGCCGGGUCACGCGGCUGCUGCACCCCCCCGGGGACCCCCCAAGUCCCCUGACACCCCCCAACAGCCCCCGGGGGGGACCCCCUGACCUCUCCGGGGAUCCCCUGACAUCCCCCAACACCCCUUGAGACCCCCCCGGGGAGACCCUCUGACAUCUGUGGGACUCCACAGGACUCCAGGACUGCGGCAGCCCCCUGGCAUGGGGGCACCUGCACAUGGCGUGGUCAGGUGGGCACAGUCACCUCGGGCACACUCACCUGGGCACUCACCAUGAACACGCUGCACACGUGUUGUGCACACACCCUGGGCCCACUCGCUGUGGGCACACUCACUGUGGGCACACUCCCACCCUGGGCACACUCACCUGUGCACACUGACUGCAGUCACGUGCCAUGAACACGCCGUGCACGCUCAUGUCCUGUGCACACCCUCCCCGUGCCACACACGCUCAUAGCCACGCACACCGAUCCUGCCGCACACACCGAUCCUUCCGCACACACCGAUCCUGCCACACACACUGAUCCUGCCACGAACACCGAUCCUGCCACGAACACCGAUCCUGCCACACACACCGAUCCUGCCACACACACCGAUCCUGCCGCGCACACCGAUCCUGCCAUGAACACCGAUCCUGCCAUGAACACCGAUCCUGC